AUGAAUUGCCCAUCUCGGACCGAUGACUUGCUACACGAUGGGUGGAAUCAGAACCCGCGCUUUCUUUCUCCCGACCUAACCACUCGCCAAGAUCUCAAUGGCAUCUCAAACACACGCGAGAACAAAGAUGAAUCUGGUCCAGGUAUUUUGCGGGGAAGCUCUAAUUGGAAAGGCGUUCAUCCGCUAGAGGAAAAGGAUGCGGGUAAUCACCUUAACGUGGGGUGCGAGGCGUCCCUGACAAUGUCAGGACGCCUCGCUCCCCAAAAUACUAUUAAAGAAAUCGGUCAACGGCCAAAUCCAAAUAACGAUGUUUUUCCAUCAUAUCAGAGUAUCAAGGAUUGGGCCUUGUGGCUCCUCUCCGUGCUCCUCGUCUCCGCAAUCAUUUCCUUUGACAGUCUGAAGGGGUAUUUCACAUCUAAACAACCCCUCAUACUGGAAGCACCUGUUGCACAGCAGUAUACAGAGCCCGUCAAACGAUCAAGCUGUGCCCAGGGAGGUACCCGCGGUGCAUACGAUCUACCCUUGCACGUUGCGGCCCUCUUCAUCAUCCUAGCCACUUCGAGUAUUGCAUGUGCAUUCCCCAUCCUUGCAACUCGAUUCCCACGGAUGCAUAUCCCACCCGCGUUCCUUUUUUUCGUCACCCAUUUUGGAACAGGUGUCCUCAUCGCCACAGCAUUCGUGCAUCUCCUUCCCACGGCCUUUACUUCGCUGGGAGACCCAUGUCUAUCUAAUUUCUGGACAAAAGACUACCCAGCCAUGCCGGGCGCCAUUGCCUUGGGUGGCAUAUUCCUCGUCACAGUCAUCGAAAUGGUAUUCAGUCCAGCCCAGAAUAUCUGUCGUGGGGGAAACCGGGUCCCAGCCGAAAGGCCAGCUUCCUGCCCUGAGAGUGCGAUGGUAGCUCCAAUUCCAACCCUUGAUGUUUCGGACUAUUCCAACCACGCUAGAGCGCUGAGCUCGCAAUCCGCUGGAAAUGAUGGCCGAUCUCAUUUGCGAGAUAUGGGUCCGCUGAUUGGAAGGUCUGCGAGCAUAAGCCGAGCUAUCAAUCGCAUGGGCGAAGGUACUGAAGAUGUAGUUCGCGUUGCAUCUGCGCCUGAUAUCCCAACUCAUCACGAGAAGGAUAACGGGACUAUCCAGACAGACAUGGAGCGUAAUGAAGACAACUUCGCCUUAACCCCUGAGCAGAAGCAGAAGAAAGAGACCAUGCAGGUCUACCUUCUUGAGAUGGGCAUUCUUUUCCACAGUGUGUUUAUUGGCAUGUCACUCAGUGUAUCGGUUGGGAAUGAAUUUGUGAUUCUGCUGAUUGCCAUUGUAUUCCAUCAAACAUUUGAAGGCCUGGCGCUUGGGUCUCGUAUUGCCUCGCUUCCCUGGUCAGAAAAGCAAAUUCAGCCUUGGAUCAUGUCCCUUGCAUAUGGAUGCACAACGCCAAUCGGGCAGGCUAUUGGCCUCGCAACUCACACACUCUACAGCCCCGACUCGGAGGUUGGUCUACUUGUUGUCGGCGUCAUGAAUGCCAUGUCAGCUGGGCUUUUGAUUUUCGCCUCCCUCGUGGAGUUGAUGUCGGAAGACUUUCUCAGUGACGAGAGCUGGCGCAUUCUCCGUGGAAAGAGAAGGGUGUAUGCCUGUAUACUGGUAUUUUUGGGUGCUUUCUGCAUGAGCAUCGUUGGUGCCUGGGCCUAA